AUGUUCCUCGGGUUCUACCUUAUACUUGGUAUCGUGUAUGCCAUAAACAUUGUCCCGUUUCAGGACUCGUCACAACUUCCCCAACCCAUUGACAGAAGCAUAUACAACAACUUAUUCACAUAUGCUCACCUCAUUGAUAUAUCAUAUUGCAUUUCUAGGUUUGGUCGAAUAGAAGAACCUUUCAAAUGUGACUUGCAAUGUGAAGAAACUUUUCCUAGCAUGUCAUUGGUGUAUCAGUGGUACUUUGAUGAUGCUGUCUGUGGCUAUGUUGCAAUUACUUAUUCCAAUAUCUUCAACCACUCGGCUCCACAAAACUCAUCGGAUCCUAAGAAGACAAUUAUAGUUUCGCUAAGGGGAACUCGGUCUAUUUUCGAUACAAUUACCGACACAAAGAUAGAAAUGACACCAUAUUAUGGCGGAAGAAACUUUCUUCCUUAUUGUGGUCCUUAUUGCAAAGUUCACCGAGGCUUCUACGAUGUCUACCGAAACACACUCUCAAAAAUUGAUCGUUAUUUGUCCACAGAACUCGAGUUCGAAGAUAAUUAUGAACUAAUAUUCAUGGGUCAUUCUAUGGGAGGUUCAGUUGCUCUUCUUCUAGCUCUUCACUACCUUGAUUUGGGAUGGAAUAAUUUAUCUUUAGUCACUAUGGGCCAGCCAUUGACUGGAAAUGUGCACUUUACCCAAUGGGUGGACUUGGUAAUGGGAAGUUCAAACAGGAAUUCCCGGAAAUUUCUACGGAUAAUUCACAAAAAUGAUGUUGUUACUACAAUACCAAAGUCAACGUCCAUCUGGGACACUUACCAACAAUUCGACAAUCAAAUUUACCUCAAUUGCAGCUCUUCAGUUGUCGAGCCUUCCCCAGACCAAGUUGUUGAUUGCUACAGCGCUGAUAACGAAUAUUGUAUUAGUGGAGACUUUGGUCCAGAUUAUCUGUGGAAGCCAGUCGACUCAUUGUAUGAAAAUCACAAUACCUAUUUCAGGCGUCUUGGUAUGUGUGGUAUUUCUAUUCAAAUGCAUUAG